AUGCAUCUCAACUCUAUGUUUACCCCCGCCCACCUGAAAUCUCAGACGACAAGAUCAUUAUUACCCAAAGAUUCAACACCAAGCACCAACGCAACCCCGAUUCCUUCAUCGACAAAUUCCUCAUCUCAACAUCAUCCAAAGCAAACGACUUUCGUCCAACGCGAAGUACAGCAAGAUCCAUACUACGUGACCCUCGCUCUGACUCGACCACAAACCACCCUCAUAUCACUCAUAGUUCUCGACAACACUUUACCAACACCAACCAGCACAAGCACUUCCAGCCCCUCACCAAAACCUCUCGCAUCUCAUUCGAGAAUCUCCACACCAACAAUUGUCGGCAUCGUCUUUGGGGUGACACUAAGCGUGUUGGUGUUGCUUGGCGUGCUGUAUGUUUACAUUCUCCGAGCAAGACAAUUUGCAAGGACGCAGAAAGGGGGCAGUAGGAAGAGUAUAAGUUCCAGGAACAAAAGAAAGAGGAGGAGAAGAAAAGGUAGGUCUGAUGUAUUUACCUUGUUCCUGAUUGAGAUAAGCAACCCUUCGCUUCUCAUAUUGAACAUGAGCCGAAUGAAAUGAAAGAGGCAGCUUUUGCUAACCUCCGGUUUCGAUUCAUAGAGCGUGUAGCUGUUCCUGCGUCUGCUCCUGCUCCUCCGCCUCAACCUCCACCACCUGCGCCUCCAGAAACAGAAGCAGAUGCUCCACCACCCCCAUGA